UAUUUUGUAUUUUUCUUUUUCACUAGCAGAUGUUGAUUCCUUAAAGCAGUUAUGUGAAAAUCUGGAUCAGUUGAGAAAAUCUAGUUCAUGAAAUUUCACCAAUCAAGAUCAGUCGUAUCUUUUAUUCAUUUAUUGACAAAGAAGGAACCUGUCUUGUGUUUGUUUUUUUUUUUUGUUUUUUGUUAUGUUUUUUGGUAACAUUAUGUCACUAGUGAUUCCUUCAGUCACCUGGUGAACUAAGUCACCUGCCUUAUCUGAUCUUGAGUUGCGCCUUUUCUGAGGGACAUCUUUACUCGUUUGAGUCUGCUGCAGUUUCAGAUAUGUUGCGCUGCGUUGUUCAGCGAGCCAACAACCUGAGAUACUCUCACCCCCUGGUUAGCAUCACCUUCAGAGGGUCCAAGAAGAAGACGAAGGUCAUCAAGAACAACCCUAACCCUGUUUGGAACGAGGGAUUUGAAUGGGAUCUGAAGGGGAUUCCCCUGGACUCCGGAGCAGAGCUUCACUGUGUGGUUAAAGACCAUGAGAAGAUGGGAAGAAACAGGUUCUUGGGGGAGUGCAGGCUGUCACUCAGAGACGUGCUCAACUCUCCCAGCCUGGCCGCCUCCUUCACCAUCUCCCUGCUGGAUACCAAGAGAAACAACACAGGGGCUACGUUGACCCUACAGAUAUCAUACCUCCCUCCCCCGGGAUCAGCUCCGGUAUUUCAGCCUCCUUCUCAGCCUGAAGCCCUGCAGCACAACCCCAGUGUGGAGCUGGACACUGUCACAAUGGUCUCUCUGGACACUUUGGGUGAGGAGGAUACAGAGAGUAUGAUCAUGGUGGAACCCCCAGAGGACCAGGGGGCUGAGGAUGGACAUUCCAUGGUGAUUGUCGGCCCCCAGGGGCCCCUCGGCCAGGAAUCGCCCACUGCACAAAUGCCCAAACGCUCACCUCCAUCCUACCAUACCCAUGGAGGGUUAAGGAAGAGGAGGAGGGGAACCAGCAGUCAGGCCAAACCGCUGCCCAACAAACCACAGGACAUACAGGUCCGGGUUCGGGUCAUUGAAGGGCGACAGUUGCCCGGCGUCAACAUCAAGCCCGUCGUUAAGGUGGCAGUGGCCGGGCAGACCAAGAGAACCCGCAUCAGGAAGGGAAACCAUCCCGUCUUUGAUGAGACUUUCUUUUUGAACUUCUUUGAGACGCCAUCAGACUUAUUUGAUGAACCGAUCUUCAUCACUGUGUGCGACUCUCGCUCUCUGAGAACUGAUGCUGUGAUUGGUGAAUUCAAGCUGGACGUAGGCACGGUGUACAACGAGCACAGGCACUGCUUCUUGAGGAAAUGGCUUCUGCUGUGUGACCCUGAUGACCUCUCUGCUGGGGUCAGAGGUUACCUGAAAGUCAGCUUGUUUGUCUUGGCCGCUGGGAACGAGCCGCCGCCUGACAGGCGCGAUUCUGUGGAGGAUAAAGAAGACAUAGAAGGAAACCUGCUGAGGCCGGCUGGUCUGUCCCUGAGAGGAGCCUCCUUCAGCCUGAGGGUCUUCAGAGCUGAAGAUCUGCCACAGAUGGACGAUGCUUUCAUGGAUGGAAUGAAGCAGAUUUUUGGGUUUGACAGCAACAGGAAGAACCUGGUGGAUCCUCUGGUGGAAAUCCACUUUGCAGGGAAAACGGUCUGCACAAAGAUCCUGGAGAAGAACGCUAAUCCACAGUGGAACCAGUGCCUGACCAUGCCUAUACGGUUUCCUUCCAUGUGUGAGAAGAUGAGGAUCAGAAUUCUGGACUGGGACCGAGCCAGUCAUAAUGAUGUCAUCGGAACCGCCAACAUUUGUAUGUCCAAGAUCUCUGCUCCUGGAGGAGAGAUUGAUGAUGACUUGACCCCGUGGACCAUCCACUCUGGCAUCGACGACAGUCUCGGUUUCCUGCCCACGUUUGGUCCAUGUUUUGUUAACCUGUACGGCAGCCCCAGAGAGUUCACCGCCUUCAGUGACCCCUACGAAGCUCUGAACCUGGGAAAAGGAGAGGGCGUGGCCUACCGAGGGCGGGUUUUAGUGGAGCUAACAACAAGACUUGUAGACAAACCGGAGCAUAAAAUUGAAGACAUACCGCCAGAUGAUCUUCUCGUGGUGGAGAAGUUCCUCAGGAAGAGGAAGUUUUCUCUCUUUGUUGCAUUUUACUCGGCCACACUCCUCCAGGACGUAGAUGAUGCCAUCCACUUUGAAGUCAGCAUUGGUAACUAUGGUAACAAGUUUGACUACACCUGCCUCCCUCUGGCGUCCACCACCCAGUUCAGCAGGGCCGUGUUUGACGGUUGCCACUAUUACUACCUCCCCUGGGGAAACAUCAAACCAGUGGUGGUUUUGUCUUCAGAAUGGGAGGAUAUCAAACCGAGGAUCGAAGCUCUCAACGUGCUCCUGGCUGUCGUCGAAAGAUUGGAGGCGAACCUGUGCCGGGUGCAGCUGGAGGUGAAGGCGGGCAGUGAGCUGGAGGAGGUGGAGCUCACUGUGAUUGACAUGUUGGAUCAGGUCAUUGCAGACUGCAGUCAGGAGCUGCCACGUCUGGAUCAGUGGCCGUGUGCCACCCCUCUGGACCGCUCUUUGAGACACACUCGGAUUUUGCACCUGCAGCAGAUCGUCCAGGCGGCGCUGGCUCUCAAACACGGACCGGCCACUGAGCUGCCCACGGUGCUGGAGCAGGCUGAGGACUGGGCCAACAGACUGAGGACCAUGGCCGAGGAGCCCCAGAACAGCCUUCCUGACAUCGUGAUAUGGAUGCUGCAGGGAGACCGCAGGGUGGCGUAUCACCGCAUCCCAGCCCACACUGUGCUUUUUUCCCAGGGGCACUGUGGGAAGCACUGUGGACGGCUGCAGACCAUCUUCCUCAAGUACCCACAGGGCAGCGGCACAGAAGCCAAACUUCCUGGUCAGCUGAGAGUCAAAGUCUGGUUUGGAUUGGCUGCUGACGUCAAAAACUUCAACCAGUAUGCUGAAGGAAAACUUUCCGUGUUUGCAGAGACGUAUGAGAACCAGACACGUUUCGCCCUGGUGGGCAGCUGGGGAACUACAGGUCUAACUUUGCCAAAGUUCAGUGACGUCACUGGAAGAGUCAAACUGCCUAAAGAGAGUUUCAAACCGUCUCCUGGCUGGACCUGGUCUGGAGACUGGUACAUCAGCCCUGAGAAGACACUGCUGUUUGACGUGGACGCUGGUCACAUGACCUUCACAGAAGAAGUGUUUGAAAACCAAAUGAGGUUACCGGGUGGACAGUGGAUCGGCAUGCCUGAGGGCUACACAGACGUGAAUGGGGAGAAGGCCGUACCAAAGGACGAGGUAGAGUGUCCUUCAGGGUGGGUGUGGGAGGAUGUGGAGUGGAGUGAGGAUGUCAACAGGGCUGUGGAUGAUCAAGGCUGGGAGUACGGUAUCACCAUCCCUCCAGACCGCCGUCCAAAAUCCUGGGUGCCGGCUGAGAAGAUGUACCACACUAACCGACGCAGACGAUGGAUACGGCUGAGACGACGAGACCAGCAAAAGAUGGAAGCCCUCAGAAAGCAGCGACCAGACGAGACGGAGUGGGAGGGCUGGGAAUAUGCCUCGCUGUUCGGAUGGAAGUUUCAUCUGAAGCCCAGGAAGACUGACAGCUUCAGGAGGCGCAGGUGGAGGUGCCGCAUGGAGCCGCUGGAGAAGACUGGACCGGCUGCCAUCUUUGCUCUGGAGUGUUCUCUGAGCAGCAUCGAGGACAAGAACGAUGACAAAUCGGUCACCACCACCUUUGGAGUCAACAGGCCGACCAUUUCCUGCAUCUUUGAUCGCGGGACUCGUUACCACUUGCGUUGCUACCUGUACCAGGCCAGAGACCUGCCGGCCAUGGACAAAGACAGCUUCUCAGACACCUACGCCAUCGUGUCCUUCCUCCAUCAGUCCCAGAAGACUGUGACGGUGCGCAACUCCCUCAGUCCCACCUGGGACCAAACGCUGAUCUUCUACGAGGUUGAGAUUUUCGGUGACUCCGAGGCUACGGCUGCUAACCCACCCAACAUCCUGGUGGAGCUUUAUGAUCAGGAUACAUAUGGUGCGGAUGAAUUUAUGGGCCGCUGUGUGUGCCAGCCCUCCUUCACUCCAUCUCCUCGCCUUGCCUGGUUUCCGAUCCGCAGAGGAGACAAGAGCGCUGGCGAGCUCCUGGCUGCCUUCGAGCUCAUACGUAGGGAAAAGCCGGCAGUUCACCAUAUUCCUGGUCAAGAGGGAGACAUCCUCACCUCCACCCAUGUUCUGGAUGAGUUGCUGCUUCCAGCACUCCUGUCUGAGAAUCUUCAGCAAUGGCCAGAAGAAUCUGACCUUCCAUACCCGCCCCCUCAGAGAGAACCGAAUGUCUUCAUGGUUCCGAAGGGAAUCAAACCCGUUCUGCAGAGAACCGCCAUUGAGGUGUUAGCGUGGGGGGUUCGUAACCUGAAGAGUUUCCAGUUGGCCAGCAUAACCUCCCCGAGCCUGCAGGUGGAGUGCGGCGGCACCAUGGUUCAGAGCUGCGUCAUCCGCAGCGUGAAGAAGAAACCCAACUUUGACGUCAACACGCUCAUAUUGGACGUGAGACUCCCCCAAGAGGAGCUCUACAUGCCUCCGAUUGCCAUCAAAGUCAUCGACAACCGACAGUUUGGGAGGAAGCCGGUGGUCGGUCAGUGCACCAUCCGGUCGCUGGAGGAGUACCGCAGCAGGCCAGAUGAGGGCGCUGGGGAGGAGUGUGAGGAGGAGAGAGAUGUGUUGGUCCAAACGCCUCGUGAUGACGUCUUGAUUGAUAUUGAUGACAAAGAGCCACUGAUACCUGAACAGUCUGCAGAUGACGCGGGUUCUGCUGUCUUUAACCUUUCAGCCUCUCGUUCCAGCCUUCAUAUGUUACAGUGGGAGGAGGAGUUCAUGGAUUGGUGGAGUAAAUUCUAUGCCUCAACAGGAGAGAGAAAAAAGUGUGGGACGUACCUGGAGAAAGGCUUUGAUACUCUUCGGGUAUAUGACAGUGAAUUGGAGAAAGUCGAGGGAUUUGAAAGUCUCUCAGAUUUCUGUCAGACAUUCAAACUGUACAGAGGAAAGACUAAGGAUGAAGGAGAGGAUCCCUCGGUAGUGGGAGAGUUCAAGGGCAUGUUUAAGAUCUACCCUCUGCCAGAGGACCCCUCCAUCCCUCCUCCACCCAGGCAGUUCCGAAAGCUUCCCCCGAAUGGGAUUGAGGAGUGUUUGGUCCGCGUCUAUGUCAUUCAGGCUGAAGGACUGCAGCCCAAAGAUGCCAAUGGGAAGUGUGAUCCAUACGUGAAAAUCACCUUGGGGAAAAAGACCCUCAAUGACCAUGAAAAUUACAUACCAUGUACACUGGAACCCGUCUUUGGAAAGCUGUUUGAACUCACCUGUUCACUGCCACUAGAAAAGGACCUUCGAGUGAUGCUGUACGAUCACGACAUGCUGACAAAAGAUGAGAAGAUUGGCCAGACGGUGAUUGACCUGGAAAACCGGUUUCUGUCCAAAUACGCUGCACUGUGCGGUCUGCCGCAAACCUACUGCGUUUCAGGGAUAAACCAGUGGCGAGACCAGCUGAAGCCCAGUCAGCUGCUCAACAGACUUUGUGACAGACGAAACCUGCAACGGCCCGUCUACAAACACGAUCGGGUCCACUUCAGGGGCCACGACUACACCGCCGCAGACCUUGACGAGUGUAAACCGCCCAACCCUCACCUGGGUCCACUCGAGGAGCAGCUGUCCCUACACAUCCUGAGGAAGCUGGGGUUGGUACCUGAACACGUAGAAACCAGACGUCUGUAUAACCCGCUGCAGCCUGACAUAGAGCAGGGCCGACUGAUGAUGUGGGCGGACUUGUUCCCCAAGUCUCUGGGACCGCCUGGACCGCCGUUCAACAUCACACCACGCAAGGCCAAGAAGUUCUUUCUGCGCUGUAUCAUCUGGAACACCAGUGAUGUCAUCCUGGAUGACACCAGCAUCACCGGCGAGAAGAUGAGUGACAUCUAUGUCAAAGGCUGGCUCCACGGACACGAACACAACAAGCAGAAGACUGACGUCCAUUAUCGUUCCCUAGGCGGCGAGGGGAACUUCAACUUCAGGUUCUUGUUUCCCUUCCACUAUCUGCCAGCAGAGCAGCUCUGUGUCGUCGACAAGAAGGAACACUUUUGGAGCAUGGAUAAGGCUGAAACUAAGCUGGCGCCAAAGAUCACCGUCCAAAUCUGGGACAACGACAAGUUCUCCUUCGAUGAUUACCUCGGUCACUUGGAGAUGGAUCUGAACCACAUGCUGCGUCCGGCCAAGUCUCCGGACAAAUGUAGCCUGGUGAUGCUGAACCAGCCGGCGAGCAAACUGGUAUCUCUGUUUGAGCAGAAGACUGUUAAAGGGUGGUGGCCCUGCAGCUGCGAACAAAAUGGAGAAAAGAUCAUUGCUGGGAAGGUGGAGAUGUCUCUGGAAAUUGUGACGGAGCAGGAGCACGAGGAGCGACCGGCCGGCCUGGGCCGAGAUGAACCCAACAUGAAUCCUCACCUCGAAGAACCUCAGCGUCCAGAGACCUCCUUCCUGUGGUUCUCCUCACCCUACAAGACCCUGAAGUUCAUCGUGUGGAGGCGCUUCAAGUGGCUCAUCAUCCUCAUCAUCAUCCUCUUCCUCAUCUUCCUCUUCCUUGGCGUCUUCCUCUACUCCUUCCCGAACUAUGCUGCCAUGAAGAUGGUGGGACCGUUUGGACCAGCCAAGGGGUCGCAGUGAUGAUGACGGUCCAGAAGAAAAAGGCUGAGAAUAAAAUGCAUGUUUGUGAACAUGAAAAUCAGCCUGAAUUUGACUGAAGUUUCUUCAUUUUCAGGCUUUAUUGAGGUUUUUUUUUUUGUGUCUCCUUAACGUUUACAGUCGUUUGUGUCCAAAUUGACCUGAUUUCAGAGAUUCUCCUGAUGUGACACGUUUGCAUGUUUUUGUGCAAGCGUGUGCUUCAUUUCAUUCUUUUU